CCCGGAGCGAACGCCUCAAAUCCUCUGGGCUCUCAGCUGAUUGUUUCUCCGGGAGCAAGAGUUGGUUCGGCAAAAGGGAGCCGGCGCUGCAGAGAGAGAGAGAGAGGCGGGCGGGCAGAGGACAAAGGGAGGGCGGCGGGGCUGUUUCCCCCCACUCUCCGGGCGACUUGCAUGGCUCUCUGCUUCGUCCUGCAAAGAGCGAAGCGGGACGGCAACCCCCCUCCCCCUCCCUCUCCUCCCCGCGGCCCUGAAAUUGCACUUUAAUCUCAUUUUAUUUUUAUUUUAUUUUUUGCACACUCGCUCCGCUUUCUCUUCCCCCCCCCUCCGGUUAUGGUGGGGCCGGGAGCGAUGGGGCUCGUCGGGUCCGACCCUCUUGCUCCCCCCUUCCCAGCUCUGGAGUUGGGGCUGAGCGUCCUGUACACGCUCCUCUACGCCGGCCUCUUUCUCUUCACUUACCUGCAGCUUUGGCUGCUCUUCUACUACCGGGAGAAGCGGCUGAGCUACCGCACCGUGUGCCUCUUCCUUUGCCUGCUCUGGGCAGCGCUGCGCACCGUCCUCUUCUCUUUCUACCUGCAAACGUCCACCCGAGCCGUGGAGCUCCGGCUCCAGCCUUUCCCACACUGGUUGCUCUUCUGCUUCCCGGUCUGCCUGCUCUUCGCCACCAAUUGCCUCCUCAACCUCUACUUCGCCGAGGUUAUUUUCAAAGUCAAGUGUGCAGCUGAGUUCAACAAAUACAAGACUUUCUUGUACAUGGGGUCUGUAUUUAUAAGCCUCCUCUUCAUCUUUGUGAACCUGACAUGUGCAUUAUUGGCACAAGAUAAUGUUCCAGAGGAUCAGCUAAGGUGGACGGUUUUUGCCCGGGCCUUAAUCAAUGAUAGUCUCUUCAUUCUUUCGGCCAUCUUGUUAGCUUGCUGCAUGUGCAAACUUUCCAAAGUGUCUUCAGCCAAUGUUUACCUCGAGUCCAAGGGCACAUCUCUCUGCCAAGCUCUCCUUGUGGGUUCUGUUGUCAUCCUCUUACAUUCUUCAAGAGCUUUUUAUAAUUUGGUGGCGGUAGUGAUCACUCCAGACAAUGCACCUAGUCCAUUCAACUAUGGUUGGGAUAAUCUUUCAGAUAAGCUUCAAGGGAAAGAAGUUAACGGUGAAGAGUACGUAGUCUUUGGUGUGGUGCUUUUUCUCUGGGAGUUCGUGCCAACCAUAUUUGUGGUACUCUUCUUCCGAGCACAGAGAUUGGCCCAAAAUUUGGCACCUGCUGGAAUGAUCAACAGCCACAGUUACAGUUCACGAGCCUAUUUCUUUGACAAUCCAAGAAGAUAUGACAGUGAUGAUGAUCUCCCAAGGCUUGGUGGAGGAAGCUUGGCUACUCCUCAGAAUUCUGGGUGGUAUGGCUCUCUGACAGGGAGUGACAGCUGCAUCAUGAUUCCACCUUUGGUUGCACCCCCAAUGGAUGUUGCUCCACUGCUCUUCAGCCAUGAAAGCUUGGAAUCCAGAAGUCAUCACAGUUCACAUCCAAAGCCACCAAACUAAUCAUAGAGUAGCUUUGGGGGAAGGGUUCCUGUGAGGUGUGAAGAACCCUUUAGGACCAGUCUUUUCCUUACAAUUGAUAACUGCAACCUGGUUAGAGCAAGAGAAAUCCUAAAAUCCUAGGAUUGAAAAGACAUUGGCCUGAAGGUGUUGUAUGAAUCUCAGGCCUGGAGGAAUUCCCAGUGACCUCCAGGUUCCCCCUAAUGCAUAUAGUAUUUUCCAAUGAUCUUCUAAUAUGGGAAUGGAACAAUAUUGGCUCAUAGCUCUGCACUUUGGACUGGAGAGACCAAUUGUUGCUAUGUGGUGCUGGAAAUAACAGAAGCCAAAGGAGAGCAUAUUCUGAAAGCAUUCUAUUUUAUUGGCCAGCAGACCAUGACUGUUGUCCAGAUGGAUAUUUGCACUUUUAAACAACCAUUUCCAAGGGAUACUUCUCUUCCCUCCCAAUCUUUCUUCUCCAAUGGCAUGAAAUGUCUGUUCCAGACAACACUUUUAAAUUGCACAUCUCUGAUUGGGAAACUUGUUCUGUCUUCCUAUGGUGACAAACAACUCUACAUAUUUAACAAUGGAAAACUUUUUGAAAGUGGGGUGGGAUAAAGAAUCUCUUUUGCUUUUAAAUUCUUGGAGAGCAUUUUUACAAGUAUGGCACAAGUGCCAGUCUCACAAGGCUAACGUAACUCGUGGUUACGUUUGGCCAUCAAUCAUUACUGAAAUUGCUAGAGCAAGUCCCAUUGUUGCAUGUGUUGUUAUAUUCCCUGCAGCGUCCUUGUGUUGUUUUGGCCUAUUUCUAGCAUUACAGUAAUAAUUUCAUUUUAAAUAACAGUAAUUUAUUUUAUACUGGAAAAGCACAUUCAGAGUGGGUCACAGGUAGGGUGGACCUAUGAGAAUUGUGGGCUUGUUCUGGAUGAUGCAUAGCCAACUGGCACAGAUGUCCUUCACUGCUUUGUCUGGCAACUGCUUUGAUGUUCCACAAUGGAAUGAAAGCAAGACUGAUUUCUUUGCAACCACAGAGAUGUAAAUUGCUCCUGGAUUGCUUAACCACCACCCAAGAGCAUCAUUCUCUGGUACUGAGAAAACAACUGUUUGGAAUGUGAAGCAAAGUCAUUUUUUUUCUUCCACCUACCAAGGAAACAGUAGUAGGCGAGAUCACCAAGAGAUGAGCCAAGCAGGGGAAGAUAAGGGCAACUGUAGCCAUGGAUGCAUCUCCUGAAAGAUUUGCAGUUAGAUCCAGUCUAAUAGAAAGUGUUAAUUAUAUCUGCCCCCACUCAGAAGUGUGCGAUUCCUAUUUAUACUCCAGGCAGCAGAGGCUUAUAGAGGUAUUUUUUAGAUUUGCUGUUCUCAACUUGAUGACCUUUAGAUGCAUAGCAUCUACUUCCAGUAUCUUCUUGCUGCUUGGGAAUUAUGGGAGAUACAGCCCCUAAUGCAUCUGGAAGAUUUAAGGGUGGAGAAGCUUGGAAGAAUAUGGAAAACUGAAGAACAUCCAUUUUUAACUGGAAUUAGAACUACUGUAUAUCUUUUACUAGUGUUAACGGCCAUAAUUUCACAAAUGGCUUCUGACAACUGUGUUGUCUUGAAGCUUUGGGAUUAACCUUUUCAUUACAACUGAUACCUUCAGCCUGGUUAGAGCAAAAGAAAUCCUAAAGUCUUCGAAUUGAAAGGACCUUUCCCUAAAAGUGUUGUAUGAAUCUUAGCCUGGUGGGACUCUUGGUAACUUCCAGGUUUCCUGAACACGUUUUUGGUGAAUCUCUAUAUGGUGGGACCAAAUGCAUUUUAUUCCCUUGUGAAAAGAGUACAUGUGCCUAUAUUGAAUAGAACUGUUGGAUCCCACACAGUCCUA